UCCAGGUCGGCGCACUAAUAUGGGCGCUGAGGCUUCGCGGCUCCAGCCUGACUGACGCCGGCUAGGGCCGGGGCUGGGGCCGCUGCCACCGCUGCAGCCGCAGAUUUGGUCACCACCUCCAUCGUCAGGGACAGCAGCCACGGGGCGCGCGCAGCCAGGCCAGUUUGCCAGUCCAUUCUAGGGCUCAGGAGAAUGUCAACAUGCUUCCCAACCUGCAUUUGUCACAAUGACUACCAGAAGAAAAGGAAGAUCUAUGACAUCCCCAGAGAGUUACUUGCUGCUUACUUCCCUUAAGCCCUGCAGGCACUGAAGGCCUGUCUGUCCAGUUCCUGUUUUCACCGGACAUCUGCAGUCAACCUCUUAUGCACUCCAGCACCCCCAUCAGUUCUCUCUUCUCCUUCACCAGUCCAGCAGUGAAGAGACUGCUAGGCUGGAAGCAAGGAGAUGAAGAGGAAAAGUGGGCAGAGAAGGCAGUAGACUCUUUAGUGAAGAAGCUAAAGAAGAAGAAAGGAGCCAUGGAUGAGCUGGAGAGGGCUCUCAGCUGUCCAGGGCAGCCCAGCAAAUGUGUUACGAUUCCUCGAUCCUUGGACGGGCGGCUGCAGGUGUCCCACCGCAAGGGUUUGCCUCACGUUAUUUAUUGCCGAGUGUGGCGUUGGCCUGAUCUGCAAUCUCACCAUGAGCUGAAGCCCCUGGAAUGCUGUGAGUUCCCAUUUGGCUCCAAGCAGAAAGAGGUGUGCAUUAACCCCUAUCACUACUGCCGUGUGGAGACAUCAGUGCUGCCGCCUGUAUUGGUGCCAAGACACAGCGAAUAUAACCCCCAGCUGAGCCUUCUGGCCAAGUUCCGCAGUGCCUCCCUCCACAGUGAGCCACUCAUGCCGCACAACGCCACCUAUCCUGACUCUUUCCAGCAGCCUCCAUGCUCUGCCUUCCCUCCCUCAUCAGGGCAAGCAUUCUCACAGUCCCCGUGCACAGCCAGCUACCCUCACUCCCCAGGAAGCCCUUCAGAGCCAGAAAGCCCCUAUCAACACUCAGACUUUCGGCCAGUUUGCUAUGAGGAACCCCAGCACUGGUGCUCAGUUGCUUACUAUGAACUGAACAAUCGAAUUGGUGAGACGUUCCAGGCUUCCUCCCGAAGUGUACUUAUAGAUGGAUUCACAGACCCUUCAAAUAACAGGAACAGAUUCUGUCUUGGACUUCUUUCUAAUGUAAACAGAAACUCAACAAUAGAAAAUACCAGGAGACACAUAGGAAAGGGUGUGCAUUUAUAUUAUGUCGGGGGAGAGGUCUAUGCUGAGUGUGUGAGCGACAGCAGCAUCUUUGUCCAGAGCCGGAACUGCAACUAUCAGCACGGUUUCCACCCAGCCACUGUCUGCAAGAUCCCCAGUGGUUGUAGCCUCAAGAUCUUCAGCAACCAGCUCUUUGCUCAGCUACUUGCUCAGUCAGUUCACCAUGGAUUUGAAGUAGUCUAUGAGUUAACUAAGAUGUGCACUAUCCGGAUGAGUUUUGUUAAGGGUUGGGGAGCUGAGUACCAUCGCCAGGAUGUCACGAGCACCCCUUGCUGGAUUGAGAUUCAUCUUCAUGGGCCACUGCAGUGGUUGGACAAAGUUCUGACUCAAAUGGGCUCUCCACAUAACCCGAUUUCUUCAGUGUCUUAAUAGUUAGGUCUUAAUCCCCAUUUCUAUAGAACAGAUAUUGUUGCAGGCAGUGGCUUAUAUCAUUUCAGAUUUGCAACUAAAGUGUCUAAGUAUAUGUGUAAAUACAUAUAAUAUAUACUGUUCAUCUAUUUUAUCACCAUUUGUUUUCUGCUUUCUAGUUAAGCUGAUGCCAUUAGAAAAGCAGGGGUUUUUUUUUGCGCCUAUGAUGUAAGAAGCAGCAGCUUUACUUGUGGGAGGAAACAAAGAAAGGCAACUCUGUCAAUAGUAUUUAAAGGGUGUUGGCAGAAUAAAAGGCAGCUUUAGUCAGCCAUGUCAAUAUAAGGCAGGUUGUGUGGCCUACCAGAAAAAUACUAAAACUGUUUAUAUAGCAAAAGUCGGGUACUAGCAGCACUAGAGUAAAUAACGCUUUUAGACAAAAUGUAGCAAUCAAACUCAUUUAAUUUAAAUGAUUUCACUUUUAGUGCUAUUGGCAAGAAAAAAUAUCAAGUUUAUAUAAUCAAUUAUGUAAGAUAAGACACAUAAACUUUAUUUCUGAAGUUGAAAUAUUUAUACCUGGACAAUUGUGCUCAUAUUAAGGGUUCAUUUUAAACAAAUUUAAACUGUGAUUGGAAAAGAAACUGUGAAGCUGAAGUCAUGUUCCCUCAUACUCUACGACUGUAAAAAAGCAAUGAGUCUAAUAUGGCAAGAUAAAUAUGAAAAUAGCAUGAAAUGAACUAUAUUCCCAAACUGUAAGACCAGAACUUAGUCCCAGAAUCACCCAAGGAGAUUCCUGCUUUCCACAUAGGAAAUGAGGCUCAUGUUUUGCUGGCUGUUCAUGCAGGCAGUCCUGUAGACUUUUGAGUCUGCACAGGGAGCUCUAAGAUCAUGUGUGUAGGUCCUGUAUGAAGAAGAAGCAGGUAAUAACAGGAGGAUUGGACAAAAGCAUCAUAUGUUUACUCACACCUUCUCACAUUCCCACAUUAAAAGUCUCUGGGUGACGGCCCUCCUUUUGCCUUAUUUACCUCACUUGUUGGCAAAUAUUAAUUAUUUAUAGGUUACUAAAACAAUGGUGAAGAUUUUUGAGAAAAUCAAGACACAUUACUGAGAUCAAUUUAUGAGUUAUUUAACUUAGUGUCUCUAUUGAAUAAAUUAUCUACUGGUCAAAUCUGGUAGGCUCUUAUAAAGCUAAAUUCUCACACCUGGAAAUAACUUCCCAAGUAAAGUGAUAAUAAUUUCAUAAUCUCUACAAUUUCUGGGGAACAGUAGUAUUGAAUAAUAGGACAUUUAAAAAACACACAAUAUUAAAAACCUGUUCUUAUUUACCCUUGGAUAAUAAAGAGGAAAAUCCCCCA